AUGGUUUUUACUGGAUACCGCGUGGAGUCGACCUUAGGAUCAAAUACAGCCAAGACCUAUUUGUUACAGUGCCAUAGACACGAGUCCACUCAGCAAUUAUGUGAUGCAUCCGUUUUGGAAUUUUUCUGUCAAGACGGUAUCGAUGGCAAGCAGGCGCGCCGCAUCGGCGUGUCAGGCCCCCUGGGUGAGAUGUUCGACCACGGGUUGGAUUCCUACAUAGUGUUCUUGAUACCCUACUGUCUCGUGUCUUUAUUUGGUAGAGACCACAUCUUCUCCCUACCUACCAUCAGAGGUUUCUUGUUAUGUGUGAGCAUCACACUAAACUUCUACACGAGUCACUGUGAAAAGUACAGUACGGGCACCCUGUACCUACCCUGGGGGUACGACCUGAGUAUGUGGGUAGCAACCAUCAUUUUUCUAGUGCCCUACUGGCUUGGUGCUGGCGUGUACAAAUUCUACGUGUAUGGAGAUAUCACUUUCGUCCAAGUGCUGGAGGUCCUCAUUCACGCUACCGGCCUCUUCACAACUCUACCAGUCGCUGUUUACAACGUUUAUUUGUACGUAUUUCUAGAAAGUAGAACUUAA